GGCAGCAGGAUAUAGUCGAUUUGAUUAUGGAUCAAUCCGUCUGAGGGCAGUGGGUACUUCCGUCAAGAUGAAAAUGGCAAAUGCAACUGCGGCUAUUGUUCGAAGAAAUCGGCCUGGUACGAAAUCAAAGGAUUGGUGCAACUGGCCUGAUGAAUCGUUUGAAGAAAUGGACAGUACUUUGGCCGUGCAGCAGUUUAUACAACAAGCAAUUAGAAGAGAUGUUUCUAAAGUUGAAGAGAUUCUUACACCUCCUGAUGGGCAGGAUGAGGGUGUAUGGAAGUAUGAGCAUCUUCGGCAGUUUUGCAUGGAAUUGAAUGGUCUAGCAGUGAAACUUCAAGCAAGCGGUGACUGUAACCCUGAGACUUGCACCCAGAUGACUGCAACAGAACAAUGGAUAUUUCUAUGUGCAGCCCACAAAACUCCCAAAGAGUGUCCAGCGAUCGAUUACACACGGCACACACUUGAUGGCGCUGCGUGUCUUCUUAACAGUAACAAAUAUUUUCCAAGCAGGGUCAGCAUUAAAGAGUCUUCAGUGGCAAAGCUUGGAUCAGUGUGCAGACGUGUGUACAGGAUAUUUUCACAUGCUUAUUUCCACCAUAGAGCUCUCUUUGAUGAAUAUGAAAAUGAAACCCAUCUCUGUCGACGAUUCACUCUGUUUGUGACCAAAUACAGCUUAAUGCCAAGGGAUAACCUGAUAGUGCCAAUUCUAGGAGACCAGCAAGCUGCUGAUGGGGAAAGUGAGGCAUAAUGUUUGCCAAAGACAUUUUAAAUGAUGGAAUCUAUAAGUGAAUAGUCAUCAAAAGUUACCAACACAUUUUUUUUCAGAUUGUUUUCAACUACAUCCCUGUGUGUACCACAUUGCUUAAUGCAACAGUUAUUUUCUUGCAUGUACUGAAUAAAUUUGUAUCAUAAUUAUAUUUGGAUUUAUAGAGGUACACUUUUAGUGAGAGAGGAAGAAUGAGAGUCUUUAGUUAUUGGUACUCUGUGUGUAUAUAUAUAUAUGUGUGUGUAUGUGAGAGAACUGGGGGAAUUAGUGUUUUAUGCCAAGCCAGCAACUAUUGCUAUAUCACAGCAAGGCAGCCAGCCCUGUAAACAGAUGCAGAGAAAGAACAGAGUGCCCGGUAUGAGAGCUGAACCCUGGACAGCCAACCUUCACUGUAUACCAGAGAAAGAGAACUGUAUGCAAGAACAUUUUAGUAUGCAGCACAUAGUGAUAUGUCCAGCCCUCGCUGUAGAAUGAUCUACAUGUUCUUGUUAGUUUUAUUUAUUUCAUUAUGUAAUAUUUAGCUUAGUAAACAAUUCUGGCAUCACUAAUUUGCAUUGUAUUUCCCUAAAAUCCCUGUCAAUGUCUUAAGAAGUGCUAUCAUAUAGACAACAGCACUUUUAUCUCAGGCUAUUGUCUUUAUGACAAUUCCGUACGGAUAUUUGCUUUCAUAUAUAUUCACGGUGUAAGUGAUGUCUUAAAACACCACAUUUACGAGGAAAGAAUGCUAUGGUCAUUGUCAAGUGAUGGAAAUGUCUGGAAAGAUGCUAUCAUUCGCGUAUGUUUUAAGUUGCAGUCUUUUCUCUGUGCUGGUUAAAGAAUAAACCAAUUUUACAUGGCACUGAAGUGCAAUAAGAUGUGUAUUGUUUUUUGUUUUUUUCUUUCUUUGAUGGAAUUGAGAUCUAAAUUAAAAGGAUGAAAAGACACCAUUGUGUUCUUUUUGUCUCAAAUUAAGCUUUGUGACCAAGUGAGAAAGAUGGUGCUAGUAUCAAGGUGAGGUAGGGGUGUCUCCCAAGAAAUGUUAUGCUUUAUGAAUAUUCUAUUUAUUUGAUUUUCUUAUGAGUUUUUUUCAUGUUAAUUCUGCUCACCUGUAAGGUACAGUGUAUGCAUUUAUGGAAGAGUGACUCUGCCAUACAUGUUAUUUAUCCACUGCAUUCUGCAACUCCGUGGGACCUGUGAAAGCUAAUUCAUAAUUUUUUUGAUGGCCCUUUAGUUGAGGUCUAAAAUAUUACAAUUUGAAGUAUCCGUGUUGCUUCUGACUCAUUUGUAAUAUACACUCAUUAAAAUUCUCUGAUGAACUA